AAUGUGAUGAGGGAAGACGAGACAAGCUUAUCAUAAAAAUAGUUGUAUAACCAACCAAACAAGUGAGCAACAACUGCGCCGCAAAACGUUUAUCUCUAGCCAAUAACCGACUUCAACCUCUUACAAAUUCAUUCAUAUUGUGUUACAACCCCUUUACCGAAAUAGCUGUUUUUACUGUUCGCAAGUCUGCAGCAUUCUGCCUGUGCCGCAAAAUGACAGGAAAGGCAGUGGCAGGGAGGGGGAGGAGAUUUCGGAGUUUGCGACCAACAUUACUUUUCAAGUGGAGCCGUUUCCGAACUUUCUAUCCUGUCCUGUCCACUUUCGAAAUCAAGUCGAUUUUCAUCAUGAAUCGGACGCAGGUUUUUAUCACUGAUACAAACAAGACUCCGCUGAUAGAACUGUUUGUUUGGGUCCCAUUAUCCAUUUCAUGCCUUGGAGUGGCUGCUCGGUUGGCUACAAAGAUAGCGAUUUUCAAAAAAUUACACUUGCAAGAUCAUCUAGUCUCUAUAUCUCUUCUUCUAGCAAUUGGUCAAUCAAUUGCAGUCACCAUACAGUGUUCGAACGGUUACGGCCAACACCUCUCUACACUAAGCACCUCUCAUCAAGAAGGACUAUUAAAAGCCGGAUAUGCCGCAAACCUACUAUUUAUUGCCAGCUUGUGUUUUGUCAAAUUGUCGAUCGCCUCAUUCAUUGACGACUUGACGCCAAUCACUCGAGAAAGACAGGCCGCCAAAGCCAUUGGGUUAAUAAUAUUGCUAUGGACGAUCUCUUCAAUCUUCUCUUCCGCUUUUCAAUGCUCGGUGCCUAGGCCUUGGGAUAGAAUCAAUGGCUCGUGCAUCAACCAACGUUUGGGAAUUACUAUGCGGCUGUGA